GGCGCAGCGAGCGCGGUGUCACGUGACGUGCGUGGCGACGUGUCGGCCAUCUUGUGUUGUUGAGGCUGAAGACUGACUUGGGUUCUGUGAGACUCCCUGCCCCGGACCGCAGUGUUAAAAGGAUCUGAACAAAGUCUGCUCAGACCUCCUGCUGUGAACCAGCAGAACUUUUGAACAGGUUUCUUCGCAUCAGUCUGUUGUAAAAAUACGGAAAAGGAUGGCAGCGGAAACGCAGACACUGAACUUUGGGCCUGAAUGGCUACGAGCUCUGUCCAGUGGUGGGAGUAUUACAUCCCCUCCUCUUUCUCCAGCACUGCCGAAGUAUAAAUUAGCAGACUAUCGUUAUGGCAGAGAAGAAAUGUUAGCACUUUUCCUUAAAGACAACAAGAUACCUUCAGACCUACUGGAUAAAGAAUUUCUGCCUAUUCUACAGGAGGAGCCCCUGCCGCCAUUAGCUCUUGUACCCUUUACGGAGGAAGAACAGAGAAACUUUUCCAUGUCUGUAAAUAGCGCGGCUGUCCUGCGAUUGACGGGACGAGGAGGAGGAGGCACAGUGGUGGGGGCUCCUAGAGGUCGAAGUUCCUCAAGAGGGCGAGGCAGAGGCAGAGGUGAAUGUGGUUUUUACCAAAGAAGUUUUGACGAGGUGGAGGGCGUGUUUGGCCGAGGAGGUGGCAGGGAGAUGCAUAGAUCGCAGAGUUGGGAGGAGAGGGGUGACAGACGUUUUGAAAAACCAGGACGAAAAGAUGUAGGGAGACCAAAUUUUGAGGAAGGUGGACCAACAUCAGUGGGGAGAAAGCAUGAAUUCAUACGAUCAGAAAGUGAAAAUUGGCGUAUCUUUAGAGAGGAACAAAAUGGAGAAGAUGAAGAUGGAGGUUGGCGACUAGCUGGAUCAAGAAGGGAUGGAGAGAGGUGGCGGCCUCACAGUCCUGGCUGGCGAGAACACAUGGAACGGCGGCGAAGGUUUGAGUUUGACUUUAGAGAUCGGGACGAUGAGCGGGGUUAUCGAAGAGUGCGCUCUGGCAGCGGGAGCAUAGACGAUGACAGGGACAGCUUGCCUGAGUGGUGCUUAGAAGAUGCAGAAGAAGAAAUGGGCACAUUUGACUCAUCUGGGGCAUUCCUUUCUCUAAAGAAAGUGCAGAAGGAGCCUAUUCCGGAAGAGCAGGAGAUGGACUUCCGACCUGUGGAAGAAGGGGAGGAGUGCUCUGACUCUGAGGGUAGCCAUAAUGAAGAAGCCAAAGAACCCGAUAAGACAAAUAAGAAAGAAGGAGAGAAAACAGAUAGAGUAGGAGUUGAAGUUAGUGAAGAAGCCCCUCAAACCUCUUCAUCAUGUGCUAGGCCAGGUACUCCUUCAGACCAUCAGCCUCAGGAAACACCACAGUUCGAGAGGAAAGAGGAACCCAAAACUGAGCAAACGGAAAAAGCUGAAGAGGAGAGUCGAACAGAAAAUAGCUUAUCAACCCAAGUGCCCAACAGAGGGGAUGAAAUGGUUCCUGAUGUCCAACAGCCCCUGUCACAGAUUCCUUCAGAUACAGCCUCUCCUCUUCUCAUACUUCCGCCUCCUGUUCCCAAUCCUAGCCCUACCCUCCGGCCAGUUGAAACGCCGGUCGUCGGUGCUCCUGGUAUGGGCAGUGUUUCCACAGAGCCAGAUGAUGAAGAGGGCCUCAAACAUUUGGAGCAGCAAGCUGAGAAGAUGGUGGCUUAUCUCCAAGACAGUGCACUAGAUGAUGAGAAACUGGCAUCAAAACUGCAAGAGCACAGAGCAAAAGGGGUCUCGGUCCCGCUGAUCCACGAAGCGAUGCAGAAGUGGUAUUAUAAAGACCCCCAAGGGGAAGUUCAGGGUCCCUUCAAUAACCAGGAGAUGGCGGAGUGGUUUCAGGCGGGCUAUUUUACCAUGUCUCUAUUGGUGAAGAGAGCAUGUGAUGAAAGCUUCCAGCCUCUUGGUGAUAUCAUGAAAAUGUGGGGAAGAGUUCCCUUCUCGCCCGGCCCAGCACCCCCUCCUCACUUGGGAGAGUUGGACCAGGAACGACUGUCCCGCCAGCAGGAGCUCACAGCCUUGUACCAGAUGCAGCACCUCCAGUACCAGCAGUUCUUAAUACAACAACAAUAUGCACAGGUUUUGGCUCAACAACAGAAAGCAGCCCUGUCUUCUCAGCAGCAGCAGCAGUUGGCGCUUCUCCUUCAGGCUCUGAAGAUGAGAAUAUCUGAUCAGAACAUCAUUUCCUCAGUAACUAGGUCUGUGACAGUGCCAGAUAAUGGCUCUAUCUGGGAGCUUCAGCCAACAGCCUCACAGCCUACAGUUUGGGAAGGCGGCAGUGUGUGGGAUCUUCCCCUGGACACCACAACUCCAGGACCUGCCCUGGAGCAGCUUCAGCAGAUGGAGAAGGCCAAAGCUGCAAAGCUGGAACAGGAGAGGAGAGAGGCAGAAAUGCGGGCCAAACGGGAAGAGGAGGAGCGCAAGCGUCAAGAGGAACUCCGGAGACAACAGGAGGAACUUCUUCGGAGACAGCAGGAGGAGGAGAGGAAAAGGCGGGAGGAAGAGGAGCUUGCCCGAAGGAAACAGGAAGAGGCUCUGCGACGCCAGAGGGAGCAAGAAAUUGCAUUAAGGCGGCAGCGAGAAGAGGAAGAGCGGCAGCAACAAGAAGAAGCGCUGAGGAGACUGGAGGAGAGGCGGAGAGAAGAGGAGGAAAGGCGGAAGCAGGAAGAGUUGUUACGCAAGCAGGAAGAGGAGGCUGCAAAAUGGGCCCGGGAAGAAGAAGAAGCUCAGCGCCGAUUAGAGGAAAACCGUCUCCGGGUGGAAGAGGAGGCAGCCCGCCUGCGACACGAGGAGGAGGAGCGGAAGAGGAAGGAGCUGGAGCUGCAGCGCCAGAAGGAGCUGAUGCGCCAGAGGCAGCAGCAGCAGCAGCAGGAGGCGCUCCGCAGGUUGCAGCAGCAGCAGCAGCAGCAGCAGCUGGCCCAGAUGAAGCUUCCCUCCUCUUCAACGUGGGGCCAGCAGUCCAAUACAGCAGCAUGUCAGUCCCAGGCAACCCUGUCAUUGGCUGAAAUCCAAAAACUAGAAGAAGAAAGAGAACGGCAGCUUCGAGAAGAGCAGCAAAGGCGCCAGCAGAGGGAGCUGAUGAAAGCGCUCCAGCAGCAGCAGCAGCAGCAGCAGCAGAAACUGUCAGGUUGGGGCAAUGUCAGCAAGCCCGCGGGCACCACAAAAUCCCUUCUGGAGAUACAGCAGGAGGAGGUCCGGCAGAUGCAGAAGCAGCAGCAGCAGCAGCAGCAGCAGCACCAGCAGCAGCAGCCCAGUAGGGCCCGGAAUAGCGCGCAUUCCAACCUGCACACCAGCAUUGGGAAUUCUGUUUGGGGCUCGAUAAAUACAGGUCCCCCGAACCAGUGGGCAUCAGACCUGGUCAGUAGUAUCUGGAGUAAUGCGGACACGAAAAACUCCAACAUGGGAUUCUGGGAUGAUGCAGUGAAAGAAGUGGGACCUAGGAAUUCAACAAAUAAAAAUAAAAACGCCAGUCUCAGUAAAUCUGUAGGUGUGUCUAACCGGCAGCAUAAGAAAGUGGAAGAAGAAGAAAAGUUGCUGAAGCUCUUUCAGGGAGUAAAUAAAGUCCAGGAUGGAUUCACCCAGUGGUGUGAACAGAUGCUUCAUGCCCUCAACACGGCAAAUAACCUGGAUGUUCCCACGUUUGUUUCUUUCCUGAAAGAAGUAGAAUCUCCUUAUGAAGUCCAUGAUUAUAUCAGGGCCUAUUUAGGAGAUACUUCUGAGGCCAAGGAGUUUGCCAAGCAGUUCCUCGAGCGCCGUGCCAAACAGAAGGCCAGCCAGCAGCGUCAGCAGCAGCAGCCGCAGCCGCCGCAGGUGCAGCCGCAGCCGCCGCCGCAGGACCCUGUGUGGGGGGUGAACCACAGUACACUCCAUUCAGUAUUUCAAACCAAUCAAAGCAACAACCAACAAUCCAACUUUGAGGCUGUACAAAGUGGCAAGAAGAAGAAAAAGCAGAAGAUGGUGCGAGCAGAUCCCAGUUUAUUAGGUUUUUCAGUAAAUGCAUCAUCGGAGCGGCUCAACAUGGGCGAGAUCGAGACUUUGGAUGACUACUGAGCACCUCCAGUGGACUGGCCUUCCUCUCCUGUCUGCCGACCGUGGUUCCUCCACCUCUGGACACAACACUCACUCUCCAUUCGCUCUAUACCACUCUGCAGCAGAUCACAGAACCCAUCAUCUCAGGCUUUUUCUUCUGGCCCUUUUUGUCCAAGAUUCUUUAAACAGUUUUUGUUGGUGAGCAUCUCAGACUGUAGCUAAGUGGACCAGACUAUGUGUCUCGGGGGUGGCAGUUGGGAGGCCUCCCCAACAAGGCUGGUUUUGGGCAGCACGUGUUUCCUGUGCCGUGAUUUCCUCGACUGUCUCUGAGAGAGUGUGGGGAUCUGCCGGUAGCAGCUUGCCUUCUCUUGUCACUUUUCUUCUCCUCCUCUCUCCCUCCUUAAGGGCAAGGGGGCCUGACUGGUGCAAUCAUGAAGAGCGUUAAUGGUCGGUAGACCUUGGUCAGUCCACAGCGCCCAAGGACUGUGGUGGGAGUGUCCCUGAGGUGGGCAGAACCCUCUCAGUCCUGCGGUUAUGUUACCACAGCUGACUGUGGGGUUGUGUCCCGGGGGACCCCAGUGGGGUGGGGUUUAGAUUGGAUUGGUUUGCUGUCGCACCCCCCUUGCCUGUUCUUUCUGAGAUGCUUUCUUCAUUAGAUAGUGACUUCCAAGCACGCUGACUUCUCCCCGGGGCAGACUCCUACCCGAUUGGACAAAGGAAACCCUAUAGCCUGGGGGAGAGACUUAUUCUUAAUUUUCCUUUCUUAAAAAACUGAUUUUUUCCAUAAAUAUUUUUACUUCAGAGGACUAGGACCAGUUUGUUUUGGGCCCUUCUGCUGAAAAUUUGUCUCGUUUAAGAGGCAGCUAGGAUCUUUACCAUAUGUAUGAAUUUGUAUAAUUUCAUUUUGGAUAGGGAUAAACUUUUGCUUCUGAUAAAAGCUCGGAAUUUCAUCUGGUUCCUCAGAGUAUUGUAUGUGUGUCUUGCUGUGGCCCCAAAAAGGUUUCGUUGAAAGUUUCUGGAAUGGCAAGUUGUUUGCCUUUUCUGAAAAGAGAACAUACAAAACCUGACCAUCUUUAAGACCUUCAUCUGUGGAAACCACGUCGCAGGAGAAUGCGGUGGGACGGAGGGAAGGGAGACGCGGGCGGGGAAGCCCACUCUAGCUUCUGCUCGCGGCCUCCUCACAGCCCUUCGCUUCAGAUAGAAAUGUAUUCAAGCCCUAUUUAUAACCAGAUACUCGUCCUGCCUCCACCAACCCCCACAGAACACUACCGGGAUUGCCAAUCCCACUUGGGGCUGGAGCCAUUGGACAGCUGUCCUGUGGGAGAAGCACCGUGGUCUGGGUGGCUCCCCUGUGCAGCACCUUUUCUUUCUGUCCUCAAUGCCUGAAAGAGGCUGGAGUUGCUCUGAGAGCAGUUUGGUUUUGGAUGAUUUUAUUUGGUUUCUAUUUUUCUUAUUUUGGAUCACCAUUCUCCCUACCCCUUCUUGCCUCCCUCCCUCCUAAAUGUGUACAAUAACUAUACAGAGACUGCUACAAACGUGUAUAUAGUUUUUGGAUCAAAUAGCAUGAGGAGACGGGGAACCAUUAAAAAUCGGAACUCUG